UGCCGCCGCCGCCACCGCCGCUAGCUGGUUCUGCUGCUUCACCACCGUGAAGAAAGUAAAAUAAAUAAAUAAAAAUGGGGAAGAAGACGAAGAAGCCUGGCAAAGGCAAAGAAAAAACAGAGCGAAAAACCGCCAAAGCCGAAGAGAAGCGAGCUCGCAGAGACUCCAAGAAGCUCUCUCCCGAAGACGACAUCGACGCCAUUUUACUAAGUAUUCAAAAGGAAGAGGCAAAGAAGAAGGAAGUCCACGUUGAAGACAAUGUCCCUGCACCGUCACCUCGCUCCAACUGUACGCUCACUGUAAAUCCCUUGAAAGAGACAGAGUUGGUUCUCUACGGUGGUGAAUUCUACAAUGGAAACAAGACUUUUGUGUAUGGGGAUCUUUACCGGUAUGAUGUGGAGAAGCUGGAGUGGAAAUUGGUUUCGAGUCCGAAUAGCCCGCCUCCACGCAGUGCUCACCAGGCAGUUGCUUGGAAGAACUAUAUUUAUAUUUUUGGUGGUGAAUUUACGUCUCCGAAUCAAGAGCGGUUCCAUCACUACAAGGAUUUUUGGAUGUUCAACCUGAAAACAAAUCAGUGGGAGCAGCUUAAUUUAAAGGGAUGCCCGAGUCCACGGUCAGGACAUCGAAUGAUAUUAUACAAGCACAAGAUUAUUCUUUUUGGUGGCUUCUAUGAUACACUUAGAGAAGUGAGGUAUUACAACGAUCUAUUUGUAUUUGACCUUGAUCAAUUUAAGUGGCAAGAAAUAAAGCCUAAGCCUGGAGCAAUGUGGCCUUCUGGUCGUAGUGGCUUUCAAUUAUUUGUUUACCAAGAUGAUAUAUUUCUGUAUGGUGGCUAUUCGAAAGAAGUUUCUUCUGAUAAGAAUGGAUCUGAAAAAGGAAUAGUUCAUUCAGACAUGUGGUCCCUUGAUCCUAAGACUUGGGAAUGGAACAAGGUUAAGAAAAGUGGAAUGCCUCCUGGGCCUCGUGCUGGGUUUUCCAUGUGUGUUCAUAAGAGGAGGGCUCUUCUGUUUGGUGGUGUUGUGGAUAUGGAAGUAGAAGGUGAUGUGAUGAUGAGCUUGUUCAUGAAUGAGCUUUAUGGCUUCCAGUUAGAUACCAAUCGCUGGUAUCCUAUAGAGUUGAGAAAGGAGAAGUCAACAAAAGAUAAGUUAAAAAAGAAUGAACAAAAGUGUAUUGGUGAUGUUGAUAAUAAGACAGAAGAAACUGAGGAUUUAGAGUAUGAAGAAGGCGAGAUUGAUGAUAUAUCUCAAAAUAUUGCUUCAACCGUGACUAUUGCUGAUAGUGAAACACUAGCCAAAUCUGAAGGAAAGUCUAAGGAAUCCCGUGCUAAGACUGAUGUUCAGAGUUCUUCCUUGCCUGAGGUAGUGAAGCCUUGUGGACGUAUUAACUCCUGCAUGGCAGUUGGAAAAGAUACAUUAUAUAUAUAUGGUGGCAUGAUGGAGAUUAAAGAUCAAGAAAUUACUCUUGAUGACUUGUACUGUUUAAACCUCAGCAAACUUGAUGAAUGGAAGUGCAUAAUACCGGCAUCAGAAUCUGAAUGGGUGGAAGUAUCGGAGGAGGAUGAUGAUGAAGAUGAUGAGGAAGAGGAUGGUGAAGGUGAAUCUGAUGGGGAUAGCGGAAGCGAUGAGAAUGAAGAUGACGAAGAAGAGGAGGAAGAGAAUCAGAAUGCAUCAGUUCAGAUGGGAGAUGCUGUUGCUUUAAUCAAGGGAGUCGGAAAGAAUCUGCGUAGGAAAGAGAGGAGGUCACGGAUAGAGCAGAUCAGAGCUAGCCUUGGCUUGUCAGAUUCACAGAGAACACCAUUGCCAGGAGAAUCGUUGAGGGACUUCUACAGACGUACAAAUAUGUAUUGGCAAAUGGCAGCGCAUGAACAUACUCAGCACACUGGGAAGGAACUUCGCAAGGACGGUUUUGAUCUUGCUGAAGCUCGAUACAGAGAGCUAAAACCAAUUCUUGAUGAGCUGGCUCUAUUAGAAGCUGAGCAGAAAGCUGAAGAGGCUGAAGGGCCUGAAACAAGUAGUAAUGCAAAGAAGAGAGGCAAGAAGAAAACCAGAAAUUGAUAACUUAUUACAAGGAAUUAUAUAAUUUUAUAUGAGGCCUUUGAGAAUCAAAGCUGCAUUUGUGUUCACACAGAUAAAAUCAAAACAGGUAUUUUCUCACGCGUGGCUAUGUUUGUGAAAAAAAAAAAUAGAGGGAAAAUUCAGCUUCAAAGUUAUUGUCACUUUUAAGUUUUAUGUACUGAAAUAGUGGUGGAAUCUCUCUCACAAUCACAAGUAACGAGAAAGAAGGAUAACUUUGAACCUACUAUUAAAAUAUGGAUUUAAAAAAUUAAAAGAAUAAAUAAAAAAGAAAAGAAACAGAGGGAUCUUAAAAUACAUAAUGAAGAAUGGCAUCUAGCCUGUAACAAUUAUGGGAAAAUGAAAAAGAAGGUAUUGUCUUAUAUAUGAUUCUGUAAAUCUUUUUAUUGGUAAAAUAAAUCAAUUUAGCUUUUUUUUUUAAGCUAAUUUUUUUAAAUGACACCUGAAUGAACAAAUGUUCUUAAAUACCACUUUUAUUAGUUUAUUCCUUCCCACUUAGUAGGGUAACCAACUAAAGAACAUGAUAAUUAUACAUGAAUUUUGCAUAAAUACAAAACAAGAUGGAAUAUUAUAAAGUAUGAUCUCAGCAAGAAAUUUGGAAAUUCUAAUUUGUAAGUGAAAAUUCUUUAUUUAUGUAACCAUAUGAGUCACAAAAUUUAAAUAGCUUGGGUCCAUUGAGAAAUAGAGAUGUUGCAAAAUAAAUGAAUGGUCAAUUAAUCACCCAAUUUGAACCCCAUUAAAUAAGUCAACAUUUUUUAUUU